CAUCACUCCGGGAGCUACCGUCCCAGUUGGUGUUCCGGUUUAGAGUCGUGCUGUUGUUUUUGUAUAGAUUUGUUACUUAAUGCUUUAAAUAUAUAUGUGUGCAGUGAGGUACAGCGUUUGUGGAAUUGCUUACGGUCGAUCCACCUUCUCACACCUACGCGCUAUGGUGAAAAUACUAGUGCGAUUGAUUUAAUUACAGCAAAUAAACCCGAGAAGUUAAGUAUACAUAAAAAAAAACGUGUGAGUGUGCGAUAGAGCGAGAGGUCGAAAGUAAGCAAAAAAAAGGAAAAAAAAGUGAGAGAAAUAGUGAAAAUGUGAGAAAAAUGUGCAGCAAGUGUGAGCGAAAAUAUAGGCAAAAAAGCCACAAAUUGAGAGCAGUGAGUGUAGUAUAAUAAAAUUAGUAGCCCUUACCAACAAGUGUGCUCCCGGGGUUGCGAAACAGCCAGAAGCAAAAAAAAGGAAGAUUCCCGAAGAAAAAGAAAGAUAUACACUACACACGCUGGAAAGCACAAAUUGGGCUAAAAGAUAUUUAGAUUCGAAUAGCAAAUAAAGUAACAUCCAGCACGGUGCGCUCGGUACACGUCCGUUCAUGACCAUUCGCCUACAGCCGAACGGACCUGCCCGAGCGCGGAGAAUGGAGGACGAAUGGAAAUUGCGAAACCUAGCGCACCCGGAGAACGGACCGCGUGAGUGUGCCGAGUGAACGCGCGGAAAAAAUGCCCCAACCCAAGUGAGCGAUGUUGCUCACGUCGAUGUGUUGCUUCACGAAAAUCUUACCGCAGCCACGAUUGUUGGUGAGGCAUGCAAGCAUAUGUUUGAGGAACGAGUGUAAUGUGAAAGCAAUCUGAGCGACAGAAAGUUUGCCCAGCGACCACGAUAGGCUUUCGCAGCGAUCGAGAUGAAUCGGGUGACGGUGAGCGUUGCGUGUGAGCUAGCUUACUGUAUGACUGGUUUAGCACACUAAACGCAAGCUGAUGCGGCACACAAGCUCCAGCGGCUUGGCAGUAUAUUGGAUGCUUGGUCCUCCAUGUGUGUGUGUGUGAAUGUGUGAAUGUGCCUGCAUCGUUGCCACACGCGUCCGGACGCCGUAAACCUGUGUACCCCAACGAGCAGCAAAAAGCUGUGCAUAGCUCACUGUUAAUGAAUGGUGAGAAAAUUUGAGAAAAAAGCGCCUGCUCGAUUUGCUGGAUGUGUGUGUGUGUAUGUGUUUUGCUGUUAAACGAGUGAGCGUUCGGAAUGCGUGCAUAGUGAGCUGUGAGGAUACGACAGUUGUGCGGUGCGCUAGUGAGCUGUAAUAAAAUCUCCUUUCUCUGCCCGUCCAGCAUUGGACUGAAUGGUGGCUAGGCUCCGAACCUACAGCAGUUAGCAACGUUUAACGGAAAAGAAAACGCAGGACAUUAGCGAUGCAUAAAUACAGUUCCGGUGAUCGUAAAUCAACACGCACGGCAAGACCAACAUCUUGUCACACGUUUGAACUGUAAUUUCCCCCCCAAAAAAAAAAACAGCACAACAGAUCGAUCGUCCAAGAUCGUCACACUCCGUGAUCGGGUUGUACAGCGAGGCGAACAAAGUAAACGCGAGUGCGAACGGCUCCGACACAUUCCGAGCCCGCGGGUGGGAAAAAUGAAAACUGCCAUCACGAAUAGCAUUGCCGUCGCCACCGCUGGAAGUGCGAAUACACGGUUGCACCGGAAGCGAUUAUUUGCGAACGUCGUCGCCGUUGUUGUGAUUAAUCGAACGAAGUUGAAAAGUUGAAAGCGAACGAACGCGCCAUCGUACACACCGUCGUGGUGUUCUUGCAGCACUCGCAGCAGUCACCAUCAACCGUUCGUUCGCACCGCGCCCAGAUACUAGGGCGGCAACACAGCACAUACUACAGCGCAACUGCUGCCCAAAAAAAUUGCCACCUGAAACUAAGUGGAAACUAUCGGUAGCAACACGCAUCCGGAUACGGUCCCAUCGCGAACCACCGGGUGGAAAACUCACUCGCCAUUAGCGCCAUCGAUUACCGAUCGACAUCCGUACGUAGAGCAACGAACACGCGAAUUAAUCUACCGUUGAUAGAAGAUCGUAGCCCAAAACGUGUGUGGUACAUAAUAGAGUACGCUUUCCCUUCAAGGCACCGUUUUUUAUUCGCGCAUUAUUACCGCUUUUCAAUCGUACAUCCUCGAACUUCAAACAAACAUCUUCGCCACUUCGCCGCUAGGAGAAAGAGUUAAUUGGAACAAAAAACCAGCAUUGCAAUUUGCGAUCUUUUGUGCCAAUCAAAGCAAACUAUUCAUCAUUCACCCCUCUUCCUUCUGGCUACUUCUGUCCACCCAUCUGUAACACCACAGCGCAACAGCCCCACCGGAAACGGGAAGUAAUAACAGGUGCAGCGAAACGAACGGGAAGCUGCCGAAAUAAAAAAAAAGGAGUGAAACGGAACAGCAAUAGCCGACCGCCGAUUUCCGGAAGCGUUCUAAUCAGUCCCAGCAUCCUUCCCGGGCCUCGCGGAUCC